AUGGCCCGCCACGCGAUUGUCGUUGCUCUAAUCUUUGUCGCCUUUGUGGGAUUUGUCGCGGCAGCUGAUACAGAUACCUCAUCAACCUCCCCGUCGUCAACCCCAUCUACCGACUCCCCAAUUGCACCUGGAGCUCCUAACGCGGAUGGUGGUUCAUCAACCGGUGAUAGUUCAAGUGCAGCUUCAUCCGAAUCAGGAGCUCACGCAAAGGCGAAAAUCUCAGCCACUGCUGGUGCUAGCGUCGUAGCCGUGGCUGGUUUUUUGGUUCUGUAA